AUGAUUACGGUGUUUGUGUUACAGUCGACGUUGACACAGAAAAUAAUAAUAAGUCUGUACAAGAUGUUGGAACUGCAAAACAGAUAUCUGUACAAGAUGUUGGAACUGCAAAACAGAUAUCUGUACAAGAUGUUGGAACUGCAAAACAGAUAUCUGUACAAGAUGUUGGAACUGCAAAACAGAUAUCUGUACAAGAUGUUGGAACUGCAAAACAGAUAUCAGCCCCCCGUACCAAAAGGAUGAACAAAAGUAAAACAUUGAGAAAAAAUGGCCUUGAUUACCUACGAGAAAAAGCGGAAAUAUCACGAGAAAUAAGAUCUGCAGAACUCAAGUUAGAAGAACAAAAAAUGGAUAAUGAAAAAGAAAAAAUUGCAAAUGACAAAGCAAGACUUGCCUUGGAGUCUAAAAGGCUUGAGGCAGAAAUUCAAGAAAAAAACAUAGGAUAGAGUUAGAACAAAAGAAAUCUGAGCAAGAUGUCGCUGAAAGAAAAACUUGAGUGACCUCAUCAAAACACAACAAAAGCUUAUUGAAGCAUUACU